AUGGAUUUUGUUGUUGGCCUCCCACAGACUUUGAAAAUAUUUGACGCAGUGUGGGUUAUUGUGGAUAGACUAACCAAGUAUGCACAUUUUAUUCCGGUUGUGACUACCUAUUCUUCAGAGUGGCUGGCUCAAAUAUAUAUCCGUGACAUUGUUCGUCUUCAUGGUGUGCCGAUCUCUACUAUUUCUGAUCAAGGCACGCAGUUCACAUUGGAGUUUUGGAGAGCAGUGCAGCGAGAGUUGUUGUUGGGCGCUGAUCUAGUUCGAGAUACCUUGGAGAAAGUCAAGUUGUUUCAGGAUUGGCUUCGUACAACACAGUCUAGACAGAAAAGUUAUGCAGAUAGGAAGGUUCGUGAUGUUGCUUAUAUGGUGGGUGAGAAGGUGUUACUCAGAGUUUCGCCCAUGAAAGGGGUGAUGAGGUUCGGAAGGAAGGGCAAGUUAAUCCCUCGGUAUAUUGGUCCCUUUGAAGUGCUUGCAAGAGUUGGAGAGGUGGCCUAUAAGCUUGCAUUGCCACCUAGUCUAUCGCGUAUUCACCUAGUGUUUCAUGUUUGUAUGCUCCGGAAGUAUUAUAGUGACCCAUCUCAUGUUUUGGACUUCAGCACGAUUGAAAUCGGAUUGAGAUUUGGACUUAAGGAAUUGCUACAGCUUCAGGUCUGGUGUAACCGUACCUGCAUGGUCUUGGCUGCAGGUGCGGCAGAAGCGUAUUUGACUGGAGGUAGGAAUGUGCGAGGGAAGUUCCACAACUGCGAGCUCGCAUGUGCGGGUAGCUGA